AUGAAGCUCGCCGUCCUCACCUCCGGCGGCGACAGCGCCGGCAUGAACGCUGUCGUCCGCGCCGUGGUCAAAGCGGGCAUCCUCAAGGGGUGCGAGACGUGGAUUGUCCGCGAGGGAUACGAAGGCCUCGUCCGAGGAAAUUCGGAGGCCGAGGCGCCGAGCUCCCCUGACUUGACCCCGACGCAGUCCGUCCAAGUCCACGACCCCGAUUUUAUUAAGAACCUCCGCUUUGGCGACGGCGAGCUCUUGCGCGACGGCACGGGCGAUCAUCCCGGUGGGCGCUCGCUCAAGGGCCGAUACAUCGUCCGCGUCGGCUGGGACGACGUCCGAGGUUGGUUUGCGGAGGGUGGCACUUUGAUCGGCACUGCGCGGUCGGUCGCUUUCAGGACCCCCGAGGGGCGUCUGACCGCCGCGCACAAUUUGAUCAUCGAGGGGAUCGACGCCCUCGUUGUAUGCGGCGGUGACGGAUCCCUCACCGGCGCAGACGUGUUCAGAUCAGAGUGGCCCACGCUCGUCGAAAAACUGCGUGCAGAUGGCCGCAUCACGGACGAGCAGGUCCAGCGACACGGGCACCUCAAGAUCGUCGGCCUGGUCGGGUCCAUCGACAACGACAUGUCGCUGACGGACAUGACCAUCGGCGCGCCCACCGCGCUCCACCGCAUCUGCGAGGCCAUCGACAACAUCAACUCGACCGCCAUCUCCCACUCGCGCGCCUUCGUGCUGGAGGUCAUGGGCCGGCACUGCGGGUGGCUCGCUCUGCUCGCGGGUGUCAGCUCAGGCGCCGAUUUCAUCUUCAUCCCCGAACGUCCGCCCAAGGCCGACCCAUGGGAGGACGAGAUGUGCGAAGCGAUCCAGCGCCACCGCGAGGUGGGCAAGCGCAAGACGAUCGUGAUCGUCGCAGAGGGCGCACAGGACGCCCAGCUCAAGCCCAUCCACGCCGAGUACGUCAAGAACGUGCUCGCCGACCGCCUCGGCCUGGACACGCGCGUCACGACGCUCGGGCACACCCAGAGGGGCGGCCGCCCGUGUGCCUUCGAUCGCAUCAUGCCUACGCUCCAAGGCCUGGACGCGGUAGACGCCCUCCUCGAGGCCACGCCGCAAACGCCUUCAUACAUGAUCGGCGUGCGCGAGAACAAGAUCCAUCGAGUCCCCCUGAUGGAAGCGGUCGCGAUGACGCGUGCCGUGACUCAGGCGAUUACGGAAAAAGAUUUCGAGAAGGCCAUGUCGCUCCGCGAUCCCGAGUUCCGCGAGAGUCUGGAAGGCUUCCAUACGACGUCUGUGCUGGAUACCAACCAGUUGCCUGCUGAGCAGAGAAUGCGCGUCGCCAUCAUGCACAUGGGGGCUCCCGCCGGAGGCAUGAACGCAGCGACCCGCACGGCGGCGCGAUACUGUCUGCGGCAGGGCCACACGCCCAUCGCGAUCAACAACGGCUUCCGCGGCCUGCUCGACGACAACCUGCACGAGCUGUCCUGGCUCGGGGUCGACAGCUGGAUGGCGCGCGGCGGGUCGGAGCUGGGGACGAACCGCACGCUGCCGGACGUCGACCUCGGGGCGGUGGCGGCCAAGUUCCAGCAGCACGACCUGCACGCGCUGUUCAUGAUCGGGGGGUUCGAGGCGUUCAACGCGCUGCUGAUACUGGAGAACGGGCGGAAGCACUACCCCGCGUUCCACAUCCCGAUGGUGCACCUCCCCGCGACGAUCUCGAACAACGUGCCGAUGACGGAGUUCAGCCUCGGGAGCGACACGAGCCUGAACGCGCUCGUGGACGCGUGCGACGCGAUCAAGCAGAGCGCGUCGGCGAGCCGGAACAGGGUGUUCGUCGUGGAGACGCAGGGGGGGAGAUGCGGGUACAUCGCGACCCUGGGUGCGCUGGCGGUGGGCGCCAGUAUCGUCUAUACGCCCGAGCAGGGGAUCACGCUCGACACGCUGCGCGACGACGUCAGGUUCCUGAAGACGCGGUACAGCCUGGACGUCAAGGGCAAGAGCGAGGGGCGGGUAGUGCUGCGGAACGAGACGUCGUCGUCGAUCUACACGACGGACGUGAUCACGAAGAUCUUCAAGGAGGAAGGCGGGGCGCUGUUCGACGCGCGGCAGGCGUCGCUGGGGCACACGCUGCAGGGCGGGAUCCCGUCGCCGAUGGACCGGGCGCGGGCGGUGCGGCUGUCGCUGAAGUGCAUGGCGUUCAUCGAGAGGCACCACGAGCUGCUGCGGCGGCAGCCUGCGAAGACGCGGGUUGCGAGCGGGGAGUCUGCGGCGGUGAUCACGAUCCAGGGGUCGAGCGUGCAGUGGGUGCCGGUGCAGGAGAUGGUGGCGCACGCGGACAUGAAGAACCGGAGGGGGAAGCACACGUGGUGGGAGGGGACGAAGGAGCUGGUGGAGGCGUUGGUCGCGCGGCCGCAGCUGAUCUGA